AUUUGACCCGAGUCAACUGAGCCCAUCUAGACCGCCUGUCAUGGCCUUUAUCCCGUACCUGUGAAAUGCCUUGCACUAUAAUACGCGUCGUCCAGAUUUAAUCGACUAAGAAUGCCUAACCCUCUGAGCGUUGAAGUGGCAGAAUCGAAUCCAAUAACACAAAUGGGUAUCGGCCUCCAACGCCAGCUCUUUAAAGCCGAUGACAUCUCCUUCUCGGACGAGUAACCUUAACAAUGUCACAUCGUCUUCUUCGUAUUCCCUCCUAAUCGACCGCGGCCUCUCCUUCAGCUCUCUCCCAAACGCCUAUGCCAUUCACGCCCGCCUUCUUAAGCUCGGUCUACACCGCAACACUUUCUUCGGUAAUCGCCUCCUCCAUCUCUACUCCUGCCUUGGGACCUUCUUCUCCGUUUUUCGAUUCUUCAACGACAUUCCCGUCAAGAACAUCUUCACUUGGAACAUCCUAGUUAACGCUUUAUCAAAUGCUGGUCAAAUGACUGACGCCCGCAAGGCGUUCGAUAAGAUGCCUGAAAGAGAUACUGUAAGCUGGAACACGAUCAUUUCUGGCUAUGCCGGCAACGGCCACUUCGACGCUGCUUUUUCAGCUUUAUACGCAAUGCGGAGGCUUGGGUUGAGAGGUAACGCCUAUACCAUUUCUAUUUCUGCAUCCUGCGUAUUCACCCAACUGCAAGCUAAGCAGGUUCAUGGGAAUGCUGUUCGUUGUGGCUUUGAUUCUUCCAGUGUCGUGGUUGGAAAUUCUCUUAUCAAAAUGUAUGAAAGGGCCCACCUUGUUGACUAUGCCUACUCUGUUUUCUGGAGAUUGGAGAAUCCGGAUGCCAUUUCAUGGAACUCCAUGAUAUCAGCUUUCGGCAACUCUGGCCAUGGAAGCUCUGCUUUUGAAUGUUUCAGAAGCAUGUGGGCUUCUGGAUUCUCACCUGACGAGUUUAGCAUUUCAGCCAUGAUUAGCAUCUGUGCCGACCUUAAGGACUUGGGCAAGGGUGAGCAGCUCUUGUGCAGAUGCUUCAAGUUCGGAUCCCUUUCAAAUUCUAUAGUUUCUAGCGCUGUUAUUGACAUGUAUUCCCAAUGUGACAGAUUGAAUGAUUCCAUUCGGCUCUUCGAAGAAAUGGAGAUAUGGGACUCUGCAACGCUCAACUCCAUGGCAUCAGCCUACGCAAAAACUGGUUUUGUCCACGAAGCACUGAAGCUCUUUGUAAUGGCAGUUAGUAGGAAUGUUAGGCCGACAGAGUUUACCUUUACAAGCCUUUUGAGCUCAAGUUCUUGCUUUGGAUUGCCUGAUCAGGGCAUGCAGAUCCAUUGCUGUGUUCAUAAAUUGGGUAUGGAGGCAGAUUUAAUCAUUUCAACUGCUCUAGUUGAUAUGUACAUGAAAUUGGGCUCAGUCGGAUCUGCCACCAAAAUUUUCUCUUCAAUGACUUUCAAGGACCUGAUAUCUUGGAACACAAUGAUUAUGGGCUUGGCAAAGAACGGGCAGGCAGCAGAAAGUAUGCAAAAAUUUCAGCAACUGCUCGAAAGUGGUAUCAAGCCAGAUCGAAUCACUUUACUCGGUGUAUUAUCUGCUUGCAGCCAUGGGGGAAUGGUCUGUGAAGGAAUGAUGAUACUGUACUCAAUGGAAGAAGUACAUGGAAUCAAAUGUGGUCUCGAGCACUACGCUUGUGCUGUGGAUAUGAUGGGGAGAUCUGGGAGGUUGGGGGAGGCAAUGAAAAUUAUAGAAACAAUGCCUUUCAAGCCGAAUGCAUCUAUUUUAGGCCUGCUUCUCGAAGCUUCCAUUAUUCAUGGGAACUUGAGCUUCACAGAAAAGGUUGCUGAGAAGAUGAUGGAGUUUGAACCUGAGUUCUCUUUACCAUACCUUGUAUUGGGUCGGAUGUAUGGGAGAAGAGGCAUGUGGGAAAGCAUGGCUUGGAUGUGGAAGAUGAUGGAGGAAAGAGGAGUGAAAAGAGUAAGUGAAUGCAGUUGGAUUGGUAUCAAGAAUCAAAUAUUUAUUUUCAGUGAUGUUGACGUGUUGCGUCAUGGAGGAGAAGUCAUGUACUCAGUUUUGCGUUUAUUAAUAUGGGAGUUGGUGAAAGAAGGCUAUAUUCCUAGAGAGCAUGAAGAAGGAUUUGAGAAAGAUGAGGAUGAUGAAGAUUAUCAUGAGUGAGUAACAAUGUGUUCUUGCCAGUUUAGAAGUUCAGCUUUUGAAGCUCGAAGAAAUAUGCAGUAAUUUGCGGCAAUGGUAGCCAGCCCUCAGCUUUGAAUAAUGUGCAGAUUGGUCGAAGCAAAAUUGAAGCUUUGUAAACACAAAAAUUGUGAGAAAGUGA